AUGCAGCUCUUGGUGAGGGUGCCCUCUCUUCCGGAGCGGGGCGAGCUGGACUGCAACAUAUGCUACCGCCCUUUCAACCUCGGUGUCCGCGCGCCCCGCCGCCUGCCCGGGACGGCGCGUGCCCGCUGCGGCCACACGCUCUGCACCGCCUGCCUCCGCGAGCUGGCGGCGCGCGGGGACGGCGGCGGGGCUGCCGCGCGCGUGGUGCGCCUGCGCCGCGUGAUCAAGUGCCCCUUCUGCCGGGCGCCCUCGCCGCUCCAGCGCGGCGGCGUCACGGAGAUCGCCCUCGACUCGGAGUUGUGGUCGCGAUUGGAGAAAAAAGCGCGGGCCGAGUGCGAACGAGAUGAGGCGGGGAACCCGGCCAAGGAAAGCGGCGACGCUGAAGGAGAGGCGGAGGAGGAAAGGGAGAGCGAGAAGGGGGCGGGGCCUAGAAGCGCUGGGUGGUGCGUCCUCCGGAGGCUCUGGGACAGAGUCCUGGCGCCCGCGCGCCGCUGGCGGCGUCCGCUGCCUAGCAACGUGCUCUACUGUCCGGAGAUCAAAGACAUUGCCCACCUGACCCAUUGCACGUUGUAAUCGAGGAACUCGGAAGCUACAGCCAAAGGAAGCUACAGGUGGGAGCUGCAGCCUUGCGGGGGCUGAUGCCAAGACUACCCUCUCUCAGAUCCCAGGAUUGGCACGUGAUGAGAGAGAUGAGUCCAGGGCAGAAGGGAAUGCCCUGGGAGGUGUUGAUGCUGAGUUGGGGAGGCUCCUAGACGAACUCGCCCCCAUCUACUGACUGUGCCAGUCUUACAUUUCCAGGAUGGAGUGGCCAAGGAAUGAUAUAAACAAAGCCUACGUUACCGUGGGAAGAAGGCAGACUGUUUUCUUAGCUGGGACUCUGGCUUUUGUCCAGGGUGGCUCUGGUGUGUGGGAGCAACAGGUCCCAUUUUAGCAAUUCUUUGUCAAUGGUUUGAUUUUUUUUUUUUUAAGAUGGAACCGGAGAGAAGAGGCUAAUUUUCGUGUCAUGUUAAUCUCACUUCUCUGGCAUGUAAGGGUGCUGGUAUGCCUGCUGUCUCCCCACUCCCAGUUCUGUGCUCCAAAAAUUGAGAUGGCUCCCUGCCUAUGACUAUGACUAGGAGCCUUACUUCAUUUUUGAAUCUCCCUUCAACCUGCUAGGGCAGGUAUCAGAAAUUCCAAAGGGCAUUUAUGUAAGGUACCUAAUUAGAGCCUAUCAAAGUAGGAAGGGAGAGCCAUUUGGGAAAGGCAUCAUAUUUCAAACUUUUGCUAUUAUCUGUGUUAUCUUCACAGUCACAGGGAAACAAUGGUGCUAUUGAAAAGAUAUUUAUACAAUUUUACAAUUUUAAGCUUGUAUCCCAUAAUGGGACAUCACCUGUUGUAUAUAUGCAUAAAUUCUAUUUUAAAAUCCUGUAUCUUACCACCAUAUAGUCAUAGUCAAAGACCAGCAGUGUUGGUGUACUGUUGAUGGAAAUGCAGUCUCACUCCAGGAUCCCACUCCAGACUUUCUGAAUCAGACUCUGGCAGAGUUUUUUGUUUUUCUGAGACAGAGCCUUGCUCUGUCGCCCCAGGCUCACUGCAGCCUCUGCCUCCCAGGUUCAAGCAACUCUCCUGCCUCAGCCUCCGAAGUGGCUGGGAUUACAGGUGUCUGCCACCACACCUGGCUAAUUUUUCUAUUUUUAGUAGAGAUGGGGUUUUCGAUAUGUUAGCCAGGCUGGUCUCAAACUCCUGACCUCAAGUGAACCACCCACCUAGGCCUCCCAAAGUGCUGGGAUUACAGGAAUGAGCCACCGCGCCCUGCCAGACUCGCAUUUUAAAAAUCCCAGGUGAUUUGUGUGCAUGUGAAAAUUUAAGUACCAUUGGUCUAGAUCCUAGACUCUUUAGGAUAUCACCAUCUGUAGGUAGAAUAUUUAAAGCAUAAUAGCUAUGAUUGAUACAUUAUUUUAUCUAAAGUUGUGAAGUAACAUUCUAUUGCUGAAGAAAUCCUAACCUACUGUGUUACAUUUUUUAGUUAAAAAUGUGAACUUAUUAUUAACUUCAAUUUUUUUAGGGGUCUCCAAACUUUUAAAAAUAUAUUGUUUUUUAUUGACAGAUCAUACUUGUAUAUAUUUACAGGGUAUAAACCUCAAUUUUUGUAACCCUGUUUUGGCAUCUUCCUGUUCUUAUGUCUCAGCUUAAUCCUCCCUCUUCUGAGAGGGCUUUUUCUGCCUUCAACGUAAUAGAGCCUUUUACCCCACCCCUCAGUAACAUAAUGCCCUGUUUUAUUUUUACUGCUUUUAUUUUCAUGCUUUGUGGGUGUCCCCACUGGAGCGUAAGCCCCAUCGGAGCAAGGGCUGACUUGUGACUGUUUUAUCUCCAGGGCCAACAGCAGUGUUAAUGUAUAGUAUGUACUCAAUAAAUAUUUGUUUGGUUUUUAUCUUUUA